AUGACCAGGCGCGUUUCCCCCGGAUCGAAGGUGUCUGACCAACUGACCUUGGAGAGUAAUGCCCAUGUAUGCAUCGCGAGAAAACGGCGACGGUACAAAGCACGGGGGAGCAGGUUAGAGGCUCAAGAGUUUCUUGCUGUGCAAUCUCGACCUGUAUGUUCUGGUAUGACCUCUGGAGAAGCUUUUGAUGAAUCCGCUGUGCCGCAAAAAGCCAGCUUUUAUCAAUCGCGCGCCUUUUGGCCUGCACAAGCACCGUGGGAAUUGGGACUUCCUCCGGGUAGAAUUUGGACUGGCAUACGUGCAAUCCGAUGCUUGUGUACUCCACCGCGAACUUGGUCAGAAUGUCUUUUGAAAGUUUCCAGGAAAGAGGACUCGGAAUCGAGAAGUCGGUCAAGCCCUGCAGUGGUCCGACGAAUUGGUGGCGAGACAACUGCUGGCCUUGUCGGGUUCCAUCUCGGGAGCAGGAACACAGGCGUGAUGCAGUUCAAGCUGAACCAGCUAGACGAGACUAGUUUAGGCGCGUGUAAAACACGGUCGAUCUCAGAAGAAUGUGACGAGGAUCUCAGGGGAACCAAAGCCAGACGCAUUCCUUAGGGUUGCCGAGCCAUCAACGGUCGUGCCAUCUCCGCUGCAGAAUGUAGAACCAUCAGCCUGAAAGAACAAAUACUGCAAAGAGACGUAGAAUAAUAGGGCCCAUUUGAUGUCUC